CCAGCCUCCCGUAGCCUUAGAAACGCAUUCAGAACCGAUCGCCGGGGAGCCAAUAGGGAGCUAGCGAACCCUGCGAGGCAGCCAAUGAGCGCCGCCGAGGGCGAAUUUUAAACCUGCGUCCAGAGCCACUGGACUCGUGCUCAGCAUCAGUCGGUCUCUGGAGCUGGAAGGAGAAGGAGGUUGUUUGGAGCUAGUGCUGCAGGAACCGGAGCCAUGGCGUUGCGGGCCACCCGGAUAGGAAAGGGUCACCAUGAGUCUGAGGCAGACUUGAGGGCGGUGAACAACAGACAACCACAAGACCUCUCUCCUUUGAUGCCUUGGACAUGUGCUUAUUUUGCAUCUAGGCCUAACAAGGGAGAGCUGGGCGCAGGGUGACCAGAUGUCCUCGCAGCAAAGGAGGAUGUGACACCGUCAAAUGCAGGACUGUGAUUUCCCAAGCUCUGGGCUUCCAGGUAUUUGGGAUCUCAGCUCCCAGAAUCCCAAAUGAUUGACCAAAAUGGUUGAGGCUCCUGGGAGCUGGAGUCCAAAACACCUGGAAGACUGGAAUCUGAGACUCACUGGUCUACGACAUGUCAAGAGAAAUGGAGGACAUGACCAAAAAUCACUCAUAUAAAUGUUAAUUGAUGCUUCUUCGUCCUACUCAAAAGUGGAGGAUAUUUUGGAAUUCCUCCUGGACAGAAGGCUGAAAUGGAGGACAUGCCCAAAUAAAAGCUACGAAGCACUCCUAGAAGUGUAAAUUAAGACUUCUCAGUUCUGCUCCAAAUGGAUGGCAUUUUGGAAUUCCUCCUGGACAGAAGGCUGAAAUGGAGGACAUGUCCAGGAAAUGGAGACCACAAAAGUCAACACGGAGAACAAAACAAAACCCGCCAUGGCAGCUACCAAGCGGGGAGUUGGGGUUGCCAAGCCUUGCUUGAGGCCUAGGACUGCCUUGGGAGACAUUGGCAACAAGGCCUGCGAGCCGAAGCCCAAGGACCUGGCCAAAAAGGAAGUCUUGAAACCUGCACUUGUGGAGAAAGUGGCCACUCGGAAAGUCCCAAAGCCCGUUGAAAAAGUGGUUGAGCCUAUCAAAGAAGAAAAGCCAGAACCUGUUCAGUUGGAGUCUCCCUCCCCAAGCCCAAUGGAGACUUCUGGUUUUGCACCAGCAGAAGAAAUCCUGUGCCAGGCAUUCUCAGAUGUUCUGCUUGAAGUGAAAGAUGUAGACACAGAAGAUGGUUGUGAUCCAAAUCUCUGCAGUGAAUAUGUGAAAGACAUCUACAACUAUCUGAAAGUUCUUGAGAGUCAACAGUCAGUGAGACCAAACUACUUAACAGGCCAGGAAAUCACUGGAAACAUGCGAGCAAUCCUUAUUGACUGGCUUGUGCAGGUCCAGAUAAAGUUCAAACUGUUGCAAGAGACCUUGUACAUGACUGUUGCCAUUAUUGAUCGCUUUCUGCAGAACAACAAAGUAGCUAAGAGGAUGCUGCAGCUGGUUGGCGUAACGGCCAUGUUCGUUGCCAGCAAAUAUGAAGAAAUGUUUCCUCCAGAAAUUGGUGACUUUGCCUUUGUGACUGAUCACACUUAUACCAACCUCCAGAUCAGACAGAUGGAGAUGAAAAUCCUAAAAUCUCUUGAUUUCAACCUUGGUCGCCCUCUUCCACUCCACUUCCUGAGGAGGGCCUCAAAAAUUGGAGAGGCAGAUAUACAACAACACAUGCUGGCAAAAUAUCUGAUGGAACUCUCACUGCUGGAUUAUGAAAUGGUACACUACCCUCCCUCUCAGAUUGCUGCUGCAGCCUUUUGCUUAUCUUCUAAAGUUCUCGAAGAGGGAGAGUGGACACCAACUCUGCAACACUACAUGUAUUAUGCUGAGAGUGCCCUUGUUCCUGUUAUGCAGCACAUGGCCAAAAACGUGGUGAUGGUAAACGGACGCCUUACAAAGCACAUGACUGUCAAGAACAAAUAUGCCAGCAGCAAGCAUGCUAAGAUUAGCACCCUCCCGGCACUCAACUGUGCGGUCAUACAGGAUCUGGCCAAACCACUACUGAAAUAAAUCUGAUUGAACUGUUGGACAAAGUUGACACCAUGUGUCACUGAAGUGUGUAUAUGUAAAUGUUUCAUUUAAAGCUUUUAAUAAACUUUACCUUUUACUUUAA